CACAGGUUGAAUGAUUAAAAUAGCUACAUGGGUUUAAAGCAGUGGUUUAGAGUUUAGCCUAGCCAGGUUAUAGUGGUAACGAUAAUGUUACGCUCAUAAUUCAUAAAUUUGUCGAAAAAAAAGAUGACGGACAAUAAUCCAGACUCAAGUAGUGACGAGAUCCAAUCCAUGUCGAGAAGAUUCAAAGCUUCAACAAUGAUUGAAUACAACUCAACUUCCCAACCAAGUUCGAAGCUGUCAUCCAACCAACAAACACCAAAUAAUAAUAUUGACAAGAAUACCAAUUCGACAACGCCGUCAAACAUCGCUACCGACCCAAUAACUCCUGUCAUAACAUCUUCGCAGUGUUUUCACGAUACAAAAAUGAAGCAUGCUUUAGAAUCAGAGGAUUAUGAACCAGUUAGGAAUUUGCCUGAACUCAAUGUGCCGGAAAAGAUAAUUCUGAUUAUCGACAUAGCCAAAGAACAUAACUGUACGCAAUUCAAACUUGGAACAGGAGCUACUUACAUGCCAAUGUUCAUGAUCAAGAGAGUUGUGGAAAUAUUUGUAGGUGCUAAGUCAAUGAUCAAUCGUAGUCACGAAUUUGCCAUCAUGAUUCUGUGUCCAGAUUCAGUAAAAUGGAUCUGUGAUUUCACCAGCAACAUUAAAACUGUUCUCAAUGUCCUCGAUGUUCUGACAGAAAGUUUGCUCGAAGAGACAGAAACCACAUUUGACUUGAGCCAAGUCUUUGAAGCUCUUCAUGCCCACGUUACUCUGCAGAAAAAUAUCGACUGUAACGAUCCUCCUGCCUACGUUACACGAGCUAUUUUAAUAUAUGCCAGAUCAAACUGUAUCCCAAUAUUUCGAUCUGAUAAAAAAUAUUUUGACCUACUAUGUGAUCAUCCUUACUUCAUUCUGGACUCUCUGUUUGUGCAUGAGCCACCGAGUGAAAAUAAUAAAUGUGAAGAUGUUUACACAGAACUAACUGCUCUUGACGCUAAGAACCUCUCAUAUAUCUUAGAAGUUGGCAGAAAUGCUACCAAGCUUCACGAUAACAUGGCAAAGUUGCUCGCACAUCCCCUACAGAGACCGCUUCAGAGGAAUGCUUGUUAUACGAUCAGCAUACCUGGAGCAGCGGAAGAAGUUCAUACGAAUAUAUAGAACUGAUUAAUUAUAAGACAAUACCUUGUUCUGCUUCAUCUAAACCAUUAUUUACCUGGUUAAAAAUAUUUUUAUGAGAUUGUCCGAAUAUGACACAAAACGUAAUUGGAUAUUUUUGUCAAAGUAAUCAGAAGAAAAAUUAUAAUCUAUAAUAAUAAAAGGUUGAUCGCUGUUAUUAUUUCA